AUGAUUGCCAGAAAGGCAAUACCACUGUCUGUCAAAAUGGCGCUUGUUUGGACAGCCAGUGUUAUUGCAAUGACGGCUACGGUGGAUGCGGUUGCGAAGUGCCAGAUGAAAACGAAUGUAAAUAUCGACCAUGCGACGUGUUUGCUCACUGUACCAACACUUUGGGUAGUUUUCACUGCACCUGCUUUCCUGGAUAUGUUGGAGAUGGGUUUCACUGCGAAGGCUCACAUAGAAGUUUUGGAGAGAGGUUAG